GAACGCACCCCGGAAAACGGCGAAGAUGGCGGCGUUCAGCGCGGAGCGGUGGUUGGAGGACUUACCAAAUCAUGCGAUUUUCAAACAACUGCGAAGCAAGUUGCAUUUGGAGCCCAAUUUAAACGAGAGGGGGGUCGCUAAAAACCUCACCUUCUGUUUGGGCGGGGACUUCUUCGUGUGGGACGACGCCGACCGCGUUUUCUACACGACCAACCUGCGCCAGUUGAACUCGGACGACAACAGCGGAAGCUACCAGACCUUGCUGUGCAUCAACCAUCCGCACUUCGAGGUGUGCCAGGUGUUGCUGAGUCCCACGCAGCACCACGUGGCUCUCGUCGGGAAACAGGGGGUCUCGGUGCUGGAGCUUCCUCAGCGGUGGGGCAAGAGGUCAGAGUUCGAGGGCGGCAGAAGCGACGUCAGCUGCAAGACCAUCCCGGUGGCGGAGCGGUUCUUCACCAGCUCCGCGGCGGUGAGUCUGCGACAGGCGGCUUGGUACCCCAGCGAGACGGACGAGCCCCACCUGGUGCUGCUCUCAUCCGACAACACCAUCAGGUUUUACGGGCUGAAGUCUCCACAGACGCCGGGUAAAGUUUUAUCUCUGUCGCAGUCAGAAGAUGACAGCAGCGGUCAUCCUCCCGCCCGGUCCUUCGCAGCUUCUCUGGGAGAGAUUGCUGUCGCUUUUGACUUCGGGCCACUUUCAGCUCCACCUCGGCAGCUGCCAGGACUGUCCUCCAAAGACCAGCAGGUGUACCCUUUGUACAUCCUCUACGAAAACGGGGAGACCUACCUGAGCUACACCAGCCAGACAAACGGGGCGGUGAGUGUGAGUAAACCCGCCGGACCCCUCCCCAUGUAUCCUGCUGCAGAGGAUAAUUACGGCUAUGACGCCUGCGCCAUCCUCUGCCUGCCCUGCGUCCCCAGCAUCCUGGUCAUUGCCACGGAAACCGGCACGCUGUAUCACUGCGUGGUGCUGGAGUCAGAAGACGAGGAGGAGACCGUGGAGAAGUGGAUCCGAGGAGCAGAGGCGGUGCCGGCUCUUUACGUGUUCGAGUGUGUUGAGCUGGAGCUGACCCUCAAAGUGGCCACGGGCGAGGAUGAGGACCCCCAAGAGUUUGAUUUCACCUGCCCGAUCAGACUGCACAGAGACCCCCUCUGCCAGCACAGGUAUCACUGCACGCAUGAAGCGGGAGUGCACGGAGUCGGGCUAAUCUGGGUCAACAAGCUGCAGAAGUUCCUCCAGUCCGGGGAGGAGGAUAAGGACGGCCUCCAGGAGCUGGCCGCUGAGAAGCGCUGUAUCGUCGAGCACAUUCUUUGCACCAGACCCCUCCUAACCAGCCAGUCGUCUCCGGUUCGUGGCUUUUUGAUUGUGUCUGACCUUUCCCUGGGUGCCACUAUGAUCUGCAUCACCAGCAGCUUCGAGUGCAUCUUGUUGCCCCUGCUGAGCUCUGUGCGCCCUCCCUCCCCUCCCCUGCUGUGUUCCCAUCCCGGCCCAGGCUCCGUCAGCUCCCCUCUACGAGGACUGGCCGACGACUCCUUCGAGCAGCACAUCCGCAACAUCCUGGCACGCAGCUCCACUAAUCCUCUUGUGCUAAAGGCUGGCGACAAGGACAUGUCACCUCCUCCUCCGGAGUGUCUGCAGCUCCUCAGCAGAGCCACGCAGGUCUUCCGCGAGGAGUACAUCCUCAAGCAGGACAUGGCCCGCGAAGAGAUGCAGAGGAGGGUAAAACUUCUGACGGGCCAGAAGAAAAGGCAGCUGGAAGACAUGGCGCUGUGCAAGGAGGACCAAAAGAGUCUGAAAGAGGCGGCAGAGAGGUUGGCGGACAAAUACGAAGACGCAAAGUAUCGUCAGGAAACCAUCAUGAACAGGGUUAAAAAAGUGCUGGGCAGCCUUCAAAGCCACCUACCCAUACUGUCAAACAGCGAGAAGGAUAUGAGGAAGGAGUUGCAGACCAUCGGUGAUCAACUUAAACACCUGGACAACUCCAUCAAGCAGGUGAACAUGAAGAUGGAAUACCAGAAGACACAAGUGGACAAGAACGCACCGGCCGCCAGGACGUCAGUCUCACUGAAUGCCCACCAGAAGAAGGUGGUUCAGGAUGUCCUCAGAGAACAGGGACAGCAGAUCGGAGACAUGAUGAAACAAAUCAAAGACAUAAAAAACCACGUCAGUUUCUGAAAAACGGGUCGCUUUAGUCAUGCCUUACUUGGUGUAUGGGUGUUUGAAGAAUAGUUUGAAAUGAAAGAUAUUUUGUACACACUGAUACAUAUUUACCCCUCUUAAUAAAUCUGUGUUUCUAAAUAGA